AUGGACGCUUAUCUUACUAACGAUGUUGAGCUCGUUGCUCACCUUAGCAAACAGAACCACUAUGACUAUGUUGUCGUCGGCAGUGGCUUUGGUGGCGGAGUUCUAGCACAAAAGCUAGUCGAAGGCAAGGACGGAAAGGCCCCAAAAGUCCUUGUCAUCGAGAAGGGUGGAUUGUCUUUCUCUACACAUUGUUUGAAUACUGCCCGCCCAUCAUGGCAGGUGGGCAGUGUCCAGGGUCCAUCGCAAGACAACGACGUCGUUUACAACGCGGUUAAGCAGAAAGUCCACACAGCGGCAGGUUCUGACCCUUUCCUCGGCGGCCCUGUUUAUUGCCUCGGCGGCCGAUCCAAUGUCUGGGGUCUCUUCUCUCCGCAGGAGAAUCCUGAACAAACACAAAAUUUUUUUCCCGAAAAAAUUUCAAAAUACCUUAAUGAAAAGGGGUAUAAGGAAGCUUUCAAGCUUUUGACGAACGAUUCCCAGAAAAAUCCAGAUCAGAUUUACCCAAAAUGGAAGAAGGAUGAACAAAGUCCUUCGAUUGAUCUGACAGGUGGACAAAUGGCGACUGCUAUAAAAGCUGUUGAAGAUGCGCUUGGAGAAUGGGACAGAACCGGUGUCGAAGUCUCAGCUGCACCUAUGGCAGCGCAGUUUUCAUCCUCGAAGCCGUACGACUUCCCACAAGGCGCAUACAGCACUGUCGACCGACUUCUGCAGCUGUCUUACGCCAGAAGCCCAAAUCUGACCAUCCUCACGAACGUCGAGGGGCUCUCUUUCAGUUAUCAGCCACCCAAAAACUCUGGCGGAUCCUACACGGUUGACACUCUGACGGUUCGCGAUUCGUCAAACAGGAAAGAACUGAGCAUCCACGCAAAGCUUGGUAUUAUCCUUUGCGCUGGCACUCUCGACACUGCCAGAAUUGCACUACGCAGUGAACUACAAAAACUCAAUCCGCUGGUGGGCAAGGGUCUAACGGACCAUGAAAUUUGGGGGGUCCGCCUCGUGAAAGAGAAGAACCAUAACCAGAAUCUGAUCCACCCACUGAAGCUUCAAAGUGAGAUUACUAUCGAUGACUCGAUGAACUCAAAAGUUCUUUUGAACGUAGCGGUGAACGCGAACACUUUCUUAGGCCGCUCUUCCACUGUUUACUCACCUCCCACGCAAUGCUAUGAUCCCACAGGCCAUCGUCUCAAUAGACCUCCUGCGCAGCUACAAGAAGACCCUGAAAAUUCAUGCAACAACAACACUGUGAAUGUCACAUUUCAGUAUUGUGCCGAGUUGGACGAUAGCAGCGAAGUGUAUAAUAUCCCAGCCGAAACUCCAGUAGUCUACAUUAGACGCGCGAACCCGGAUAUUGACGUUAGACAUUCCAAAAUGCAGCAAAUCGCGUCAAGUAUAUUCCGAAAAAUUCUGGAUAUCACCCGUAUCCCAGACCUACGGUUGACACUUGUCCCAUUUGGUGCAGUAGCCCACGAGGUCGGGACGAUGCGCUUGCAACGACCCAAAAAACAUACUGACAGUGUAUCAAACAAAGAGGAUAAGUAUGUCGUGGACGACGAAUAUCGGGUAAGGAAUUUCGAUAAUCUUUAUGUUUGUGACUUGUCUAUCUUCCCCGUCAGUCCACCUGCCAAUCCGAGCUUGACUCUGGCGGCGAUGGCAUUGCAACUUGCGGAUAACCUCCUCAACCGUGUCCCCUAA